AUGGGGUCCGUGCUGGGUCGCAUCGACGUCGAGACGCCGCGAUUCACGGUGGAGGAGAAGACCGAUGCGUUUGGGAUUCGACGAUACCCUCCGCAGAUGGCGGCGGAAGUGACUUACGACGGCGACCACUUCCAGCGUGUUGGCUCCAGAAGCGGUUUCUUUGCCUUGGCAUGCUACAUUGGGGUGCUGGGCCCAGUGGAUGACAGUUAA